AUGUGGGCGCCGGGCGGCCCGCCGGGGCCCGCGGGCUGGGACCGCCGCAGGGUGGGCGCCAGGCUGCGCGCGGCCCUCGCGGGGCUGCACGAGCUGCAGGGGCUCCGCGCCAGGCAGCAGGCGCGCGUGUGGGGCGCCCUGGCCGUGCAGCCCCCGCCCGGGCCCGCCGCCCCCCGCGGCCCCCGCGCCCACGAGCUGCGGCUGGAGGCGGCGCUGGCGGCGCUGCAGGAGCAGCUGAACCGUUUAAGACUUCAGGACGUCGGCCUGAAAACCCACUUGGACCAGCUGGACCAGCAGAUCAGCGAGCUGCAGCUGGACGUGCGCAGAACCUCCAGCGAGGCCCCGGACAGCGACAGCAGGCCCAGCUCGGGCUUCUACGAGCUGAGCGACGGCGGGUCCUGUUCCCUGUCCACCUCCUGCACGUCCGUGUGCAGCGACUGCAUGUCCUCCUCUCUGGGCGCUGUGCUGCCUGCCACCCCGGAGGCCAGGCCCGGCACGGGAGACUGCCGGCCCCGGUCAGCAGAUGAGACCACUGUGUGUGGGGUCCCCUUGCCUGCGUGGGAGCCCCAGGCCAGUGAGGGAGGCGCCGGCCAGCUGCUGCAAGGCGAGUCCCGGCCCCGCCCAGUGUCCACAGGUGACCUUGAAAGAGCCCUGCCGGCUGAAGUGGGGCUCCAGAAAGCCAGGGCACACCCCAAGGCCACUUCCUUCCUCUGCCGCGGCAUGGACCCCAAGUACCAGUGUGACCUGGUGUCCAAGGGGGGCAGGGAGGUGUACCCGUACCCCAGCCCCCUGCACGCCGUGGCUUUGCAGAGCCCCCUCUUUACUCUGACCAAGGAGACAGUGCCGAGCGAUGGCCCCUCGCCCCCCAGUCGGCCCCUCCCUGGAGCCACAGGUCCGAGCUCCAUUCGGACUGGACUGGUCCUCGAGGCUGGCCCAGCCAGAGCCUACAUAGAGAGGCUGCUGCGACUGCAGGGCCGAGGGCCACCCGCGAGGGGCAGUGUGGGAGAGCGCGGACCCCCAGGACGGGAGGCGUCCCUAUCCCCGCAGGGGCUCGGGGGCCGGAGGGCGGACAGUGAAGGUGGCCUGGAGAAGACAGUGUGCGCCCGGGGGAGAGCGGAGGUGGGAGGGGAGGCCCAGAGCGGGGCCGCCCGUGGGGACAGCAUCGAGCAGCCGGGGCCUGUGCCCCUUGUGCGCACCCUGCACCCCAGCAGCCGUCCAGAGGAGGGCCCCAGACCCUCACGCGGCUGCGUGCACCAGGAGGCCCGUCCAGGCUCCCCCUGGCUGGGCUGUGGCCAGGCCCCUGCUCCCUGCUCGCAGGGUCAGCAGCCAGCUCUCCACGGCUGGACGGGCAGAGGCAGGUCGCUGGGCGGGGGGGCGGGAGGGGAGUGCCCCCCUCGGGCCCCCGGACACUGUGUCCGCCCGCACUUUGCUGCCAGAGGAGCUUCCCCCACGGGGCCCCCCAAGGCCAAGCCUGUGAAGAUCAAGAGGGGGACCAGCGACAAGGCACUGAGGCUUGGGGGGCCGCAGCUUCAGUGGGGCGCCCUCGGGGGCCCCCAGCCGCCCCCUGAGUCGGGAGGUGGUCUCAGGAGGCCCACCCCGGCCAGGGAGGUGCCCGGCCGGUCCUGCUCUGAGUCCAGCCUCUACCCCGUGUCCCUCUUCGUCCCCCUGCUGGUGGCCCGACGAGAGGGUCACCAGGCGUCAGCUCAGGCCUUGUUCCCCUUGGAAGCAGCCCCACUGGUGGCGACCGGCGGGGAGGCCCGGAGGAAGCAGCGCAGGUGGCAGUCCUCCGUAGAGAUCUCAGCCCGGGCCCGCCCGGACCCCAGCCUGGGGCCCCAUAGGCCGGCGGCCCGGAGAGGGAGCGGCCCGCGGCCCGUGUGCGCCAGACCCAGGCCCAGGCUGCCCCGCCAGGACGCCCGAGCCAGGAGCGGGUCGGACGGCUCGGAGCACUCGGCCGAGUGUGCGUCCCUCUUCCGCUCCACCGUCGCGGAGAGCAGCGGGGACGAGGCCAGCGACCACACGGCCAACCGCUUCGGGGACGGGGAGUCCAGUGGCAGCACCUCGGAGGGCGGCGGCCAGGGCGGGGGGAGCUCCAGCCAGCGGGCCCCGGCCAGCUCCAGGCCCCCUCUGCCGCCAGUGCCCAGGCUGUGCCGCGUCAAGGCCUCCAAGGCCCUGAAGAAGAAGAUCCGCAGGUUCCAGCCGGCCGCACUGAAGGUCAUGACCAUGGUGUGA